CUUUCUAUUUGAUAGUCUUUUUUCUCUCUUCUCGUUCUUACUACUUCUGUGACAAACGCCCACAUCUUAUCAUCUACCCUUUAUUAUGUUUCAUAGGAGUUUUAUUCAUAUGUUUUUCUCAUUUGAUCAUAUUUCGUUUGUAUGUUUUGUAUUCGGUUUUCAAUAUUUUCUUCUUCUUGUUUUUUUUUUCUUUUCAAUGGCAAAUCUCAGAUCCGGGUACUGGCUAUUAGUUUGUAUAUUUUUGCGGCCAGUAAUCCGUAUUAACGGUGAUCAAACAAAUGGUUUGAUUAAGCUUAUAGCACACCAUACAAAUAUUAAUAAAGCUAUGAAUCUAAGAUUUUGUAUUGGUUUCAGUACACUUUUUUCUUUGUUUGUAAUGAGAUUUGCAUUAUCUAAGAUUUAGUUUUGUUCACGAAAGUUCUGAGUUUUCAAUACGCUUUUUUUGUAUUGUUUAUGUUUUUUUUUUACAUUUUUUUUUGUGAGAUGUAUGAAGGGUCUGAUUAGACCGAUAGCUAGAAUCUAUAAUCUAACCAGCCUAUCUGAUUUUGACUUUUGAUCCGUAUAAUUGAUGAGUUUGGUUAAUUGAAAUGUGUUAAUUUACUUGAUCAGUAUACCUCUUCUCUCUUUAUUUUUCAAUUUCAUUUGAUUCUUUAUACUUAGUUACUAAUUACUAAUAGCUGAAUCGCAGAUAUAAACCUAUUGAUAUUCGUUUGGAUCAAAAAUACAUAGUUUUAACUGGGCCGACUAUCUGAUCUUUCGGCCUUUUUGCAGCUCUCGUACCCAUAAAAUGUGUCUUUUCUAUGCUAUUAGGGAUUUUCAUAUCCUAUUUCGCCUCUCGCAUUUGUCAGCCAAUUUCGCCUCUCGCCGAGCUAACCUAAUGGAUAUGGACGUUAGUGUUAUAAAACCUUCCGGGAGCCAAAAUCAUUAUGAAUCCUUCACUCUCGAAAACGGUUUGGAAGUCAUUGCGAUAGUUGACCCAAAUGCCACUAAAUCUGAUCUCUCAUUAGUGAUUAGAGCUGGUUCUGGGAAAGAUCCUAUAAAUGCUCCGGGAUUAGCACAUCUUUUGGAGCAUUUGGUCUCGGUAUCAGAUUCACCCAAUGAGCUUUUUGAGUAUACAAGUCUUCAUGGAGGUGAUUUCGUUGCAUUCACAGAACAUGAUUAUAUGUGUUUUCAAGGAAGCGUUUUAAACGGUGACCUUGAAGGGUUUCUAAAAAUGUUUUCUCGGCAUCUAAUUUCCCCAAAUCUCAGCAAAUGCCUUGAUGCUGAAAUCACUGCGGUCGAUCAGGAAUUUGAAUUGUCUAAGUACCUCGACGAAGCUCGUCUCUCUCACCUUAGAGCAUACACAUGUAAUCGCGGUCAUCCAUUUCAUGGCAAAUUUUCAUGGGGUAAUCGAGAUUCACUUUCGAAGUUAGACAGAACAGCACUGCUCAACCUUCUUACCAAGUUUUUCGAAACCUAUUUUGUUGGAGGUUGCAUGAAACUAGUUUUGGCUGGAAAAGGGCCUCUAAAUGAGAUGAAACGUUUGGUCCAGUGCUAUUUUGGUUCAAUUAAAUAUGGAGCAGAUGACAUCCCUUCAAGUAUUUCAGUGUUACCUUGGGGUCCGAAUACUGUGGUUACUUCAUUAUCUGUUGAAGACUCUAAUUUGUUAGAGCUCACAUGGAUGAUACCAAAAUCUUUUGACACGGUUGAAAAUUUCAUUUUGACUUCAUUGACUCAUAAGUUUCCUGGUUCUCUGUAUCGUAUUUUCAUUGACAAACAAUGGAUCGUAGAUUUGAGUGUAAUUUCUGGACAUCAUAACAUCGAUGAUGAUGACACUGAUUCGUGCGAUUAUGGAUGCACUCCAUCUGGGCGACUGUUUAUUAUCUCUGUUAAUCUCACAGACCUUGGCCUCACCAAGAAAGCUGAGGUCGUUGGUUACGUGUUGAAGUUUUUAUCUUUUGUGAGAGAUAAUGAGGAUGCACCUGAAGCAGUACGCAUCAGGGAUGAGUUCUAUCUUAUGCAGUGGUUCGCUGAGGAGUUUUUUGAUUCCUACUCUGUGGGUUCGGAUUCGACGACCUUAACGAAACAAAUUUCAGUUAACAUGCUAAGCAAUGAUGUGGAUGAGGCAGUGUCAGCAAUUUAUCACGCUACAACAUAUCAAAAGAAUGAUCUCUGUGAAUUCCUCAACUAUUUGAGCGUUGACAAAAUGAGAAUCCAUUUGGUUGUGAAGACAUUGGAUAAAAAAGAAGGUUUUGUGACUGAUCCUUGGUUUGGGAUUUUGUACAACGUUUCAGAACUCGAUUCCAAAACCAUAGGAGAAGUAACAACAGCUUAUAACACUGCUGUUGGUUUCCGUUUUCCUCCUGCAAACCAGUUUAGGCCUACCUACAUUUCUUCUGAAGAUCGUGCUUCUUCUGGAGAUUCUGACGAUGGUGCUUCUUCUGAAGAUGGUGAUGAUGGUGCUUCUUCUGAAGUUGGUGACGACUGUGCUUCUUCUGAAGAUGGUGAUGAAAUGGAUGUCCAAGAAGAUGGUGAUGAAAUGGAUGUCCAUGAAGAUGAUGACGAUGAGGAUGUCCAUGAAGGUGGUGACGAUGUGGAUUUCCAUGAAGGUGGUGACGAUAUGGAUGUCCAUGAAGGUGGUCGUAUCGUGCUUGGUGACGAUGGUGGAAGAGUUUUUUACUUUAAAUCAAGUAGUAUUCCAACACUGAAGGUUAUUACUUACCUUCAUGUUGAACGUGGAGUUAAAAGUUCAGCUUUGGCAUUAUGCUACCUUGAGUCACUUAACCUUGCUCUAGCUGCCACGGUUUCCCAAGGGGAGAGAUCAAUGCUAAAGACAAAAGUUUCCUUUUCCGGCAGAAACAAACUGCUAAUUGAGAUCGACGGUUAUGGACAAUACUUCAUCUCCUUCGUAAAAGCUAUAUGGGACAUUUUUAAGGCAUUCUCUUUCCCACCAGCUGAGUUUCAGAUCUGCAAAGAAAAGGUUAGACGUAGUCUAAUAGGAGGUGUUUUAGACCCGGCAGACCUUUCCAAUGCUCUCUUGGAGAAACAUACUUCCGAUUCAAUUUAUGCGGUAGAUGAUAUGCUUAAAGAACUGAAUUCGCUUGUGUUUAAUGACUUUACACAUUUCAUGGCUGAUAUCGGUACUAAGCUGUCAGUUGAGGGUUUUCUCUCUGGAGACAUAUCAAGAGCUGAUGCUGAUACAGUCUGUGGUUUGUUUGUUGGUCUUAAAACGUCACAGUUGACAGAGUCUAGAGAUGAUAGAGGCGAUCUCCGUUUACAUUCUGAUCAUAUAAUUAACAUUUGUGCAAGAAAAAUGUCCGAUGGUAAUUCUGUUGCUAAGGUAUGUUUUCAAAUUGGAGAUGAGUUGCAUAUUGCAGUGGACACAGCGCUUUUGCAUCUAUUCUCUUCUCUGAUAGAAGAUGAUAUCACUGCAAAACUAAGGUUCCAAGAGCAUCUUGGUUACUCUGUUUCCGGUGAAACAGAUUAUGACCUUGGAAUCUUUUCCUUCACUAUAGUUUCCUGCGAUUACAACCCUGAGUUUCUGUCCUUGAAGAUAGAAGAUUAUGUGAAGAAUUUAGGUGUCUUUUUGAAAGGUGUUUCAGAUUCUGUGUUUGAAAAACGCAAGGAAAGCAUCGAAUUGUCUGGGGAAGAGGAAUCUCUGUGGGCUCAUCUAUCUGAGCAGAGUCCUGAUGGUUUCAACAGGUCUGUUACCAGUUGCCUGAAAAAAAUACAUAAAGAAGAUAUUAUCAUCUUCUACAACAAGUGGUUCCUGAGUAAACGCCCAUUCUCUAUUCGCGUUUGGUGUUGCAAACUCUACAGCGAGUAUUUGGAUUCUAUCAAUGCAGAGAAUUAGUUGAUCACUUAGAAACAAGAAGACAACAGGAAAACAAACUAAGUUUCUCUCUUCCUCUACUUUUUUUUACCGCUCUUUAAACUGAUUUUUGUAAAACUUGGAAAUGUUUUGUUUAUUAAUGUCAACUCAAGACGCAUUUAAUAUUUUACUACUUUUAAUGGUU